UAUGUUUCUCUAAAAGAUGAGUCCUCGGAACAUUUUUAGAAGUGAGUGCCUCAGUGCCCAUCCAUCGUGUUCAUGGGGCUGACACACCUGUACGCACACACCCAGGUGAAGACAGUGAGUGUGCUGCAGUUGGUGAAGACAGGGAGUGCCUGAGUGUAGGAGGCCCCACCCCAGACAAUGAAGAGCUGUCCUUAGCACCAGUGCUGACCAGGCCCGCCGUAACUCACCCAGCCUGGAUUUUGCCUUUCUAAAAUCCACCACAGUCCCUGCUCCCUCCCCACCACUAUUUCUUUAGCCAGAACCUCCAAGAUGGGGCCCGGGCACAAGGAUUUGGGGAACAUGCCUCAGGUGUAUUUGAUGCAUUGUUCUCCCUACCGCCAAGUGGCCCCACUAGGAUGGGGUCCCACACGGGUGCCGGACACCUUCGCCUCACACCGCUCUGAGAGGAGGAGGCUCUGGAGUGGACACCAGGCCUCGUUCCAGCCUAUAGGAGAGAAAGCUCCACAUCCAGGGAGGCCUUGGAACCAGGUUGGCUUUGUGACAGAGUCACCAAAACAGCCAGCACCUUUCCCAGGGGGGAAACGGGGACCAGUCCCCUGCCCUACCCCCAGCAGUACUGUAACCCUCUGAGCUCCCAAGACCGUUUCCGUGAGCCAAGCAUAAGUGAGCCCAAUGCCAGCCUGAUCCUAGAACUAGACACUAGUGCCCAUCUGUGGAAGAAGCUGCCACGGGGCCACCCUCUGGAGAGGGUCUUUCCCCUCCCCAGGCACCCCGCACCCCAACACCAAUUGUUGGCAUUGACGCCAGGCCAAAGGCUGCCAGACGACAACCUAUGACAUCCACCUGCUGCUGAGAGAACUUCCUCAGGUCUUUGCCUGGUCAGAAUAUCCGGUGGGAACCUGGGCCGGCCCAGUUUGUACGCUGAGGCCCUGCAGCUGACUCACACUGCAUCCCCUUCUCUGCUGGGCAAGGCGUGUGAUAAACCGCCCUCCGGGGGGCCGAGGGAAGGCAGCGGUCCCGUGUGUCCCACCAUCUCCACGAAAGAGCUGUUCUCACUGCAGCCUUUGCUGAUGAGACCAGGUGUGGGCGGAGACCUAACAACACAGGAAGGAUGGGAGCAACCAUUAGCACUAAUGAGGCUGGCGGCCUGAAAGCUUUUUAUUGUGAAGCUGCUCGCCCACCCAGGGAACAAUCUGUUCUGCUUACUUGGCUUCCAGGAACCCCAAGCAGAAAGGGAUCUGAGGACCGGAAAAUGGGUGGGGGUCUUGGAGAAGCUUGGAGGGAGAAGGAGGAGGGGAGGCAGAGCCAGGGAGGGAAGCAGGAGGGCUUGUGCUGGCUAGGCGGGCUUCUCCUGUCCCUUUCUCCCCCACCAAAAACCCAGAAUCUAGGUCUGUACCGCAUCUUUACCCCACUCUGACCACUGGCCCAUCACCCAAUUCAAUGUCCUGGACGCAUGUUCCUGUAAACAAAGAGAACAACAUGCCACGUAAUGUCUGAGUGAGCAUCUCCGGGGCCACAAAUUAAAUUAAGCUCUCAGGGCCGCCUGCCUUGUUACUGCUAAUGGCUCCAGCCUAGCCAACCCCCCACCCAGGUCCCUGACCUGUAGAAAUUUGGGGGGCUCUGGGCACCCUAACUUGUUUCCAAACUUUAACUGGCUCCUGGAGACCUUGCCUGCGAUUGGAGAUGGUCACCUAGUAGAGCACCCAAAACUCAGAUUCCAGAGAGACAGACCCACGUUUUACCCUCCCCUGUCUCUCGGGAGGGCCUCUCAUGCCCUGGCUGCGGGGAACAGUCACAUGGGAGCCCUUCAUUAGACCCUGCUAUAUAAGCUGGGGGUAUGGGGUGGCCAGGAGCUCUCCGGGCAAGGACCCAGCAAGCACAAGCCAUGCUGACUGCAGUGCUGAGCUGUGCCCUGCUGCUGGUGCUACCUGCCAUGCAGGGCGCCCAGAUGAGCUUGGCACCCCCGGAGGGCAUCAGAAGGCCUGAGCAGGCCCUGUUCCCAGAGCUGUCAGGCCUGGGCCUGCAGCCUGGGCUGAAGAGGAUAACUGCAGAGCAGGCAGAAAAGGAUCUGCUGCAGGGGGCCAAGGACUUGGCAGAGGUGCUAGAUCCGGAAGGACGUUCCCCACGCUCCCCACGUCGCUGCCUGAGGCUGCAUGAGUCCUGUCUGGGACAACAAGUACCGUGCUGUGACCCAUGUGCCACGUGCUACUGCCGGUUCUUCAAUGCCUUCUGCUACUGCCGCAAGCUGGGUACUUCUGCGAACCCUUGCAGCCGCACCUAACUGGUCAACGUCAGAGUCGGAUUUGGGAGGGGGGGCGUGAAUAAAGUUUG